CUUUGGGGCCUCAGUCCUGGAUUAGGAGUUUCCCUAGGCCCCACAUCCAGCUGGUUUCUCCCAAAGAUCCUGGCUCCCCACUUCAGCCUCCUGCACAGGGUGGGGCCCCGCUCAGAAGGAUCUAGUGCGACUGAGACUGCUCCGGCCCAGUGAGGAGUCCAGGAUGUUCCUGAAGGCGGUGGUGCUGAGCCUGGCCCUGGUGGCUGUCACGGGCACCCAGGCUGAGUUCAAUGCAGACCAGGUGGCCACUGUGAUGUGGGACUACUUCACCCAGCUGAGCAGCAAUGCCAAGGACGCUGUGGAACAACUCCAGAAGUCGGAAGUCAGUCAGCAGCUCAGCACCCUCUUCCAGGACAAACUUGGGGACAUGAAUACCUAUGCAAGUGACCUGCAGAAGAAGCUGGUGCCCUUUGCCACAGAGCUGCAAGAGCGCCUGACCAAGGACUCAGAGAAGCUAAAAGAGGAUAUUAAAAGGGAGGUGGAGGACCUACGUGCCCGCCUGAUGCCCCAUGCCAACCAGGUGAGCCAGACCUUUGGGGACAACAUGCAGAAAUUGCAGCAGAGCCUGAGACCCUAUGCAGAGGAGUUCCACACCCAGGUCAACACUCAGGCAGAGGAACUGAAGCGCCAGCUGACUCCCUAUGUGCAACACAUGCAGACCACAUUGCAGGAGAAUGUGGACAACCUGCAGGCCUCAAUGACACCUUAUGCUAAGGAGUUCAAGGACAAGUUCAACAGGAAUAUGGAGGAACUCAAGGGUCGCCUCAUGCCUUCCGCCACCGAGCUCAAGGCCAAGAUUGACCAGAAUGUGGAAGAACUGCGCCACAAGCUUGCCCCCUAUGCUGAGGAUGUGCAGGAAAAACUCAAUCACCAGCUGGAGGGCCUGGCCUUCCAGAUGAAGAAGAACGCCGAGGAGCUGCAAACCAAGAUCUCCGCCAAUGCCGACCAGCUGCGGAUGAAGCUGACACCCAUGGUGGAAGAUGUGCACACCAAGUUGAGGGGCAACACUGAGGGGCUUCAGAAGUCCUUGGCCGACCUGAGCAGCCAGCUAGACCAGCAGGUGGAGGAAUUCCGGCGCAAUGUGGAGCCCUAUGGAAAGAUGUUCAACAAAGCUUUGGUGCAGCACAUGGAACAAUUCAGGCAGCAGAUGGGCCCCUAUUCGGGGGACGUAGAAAGCCACCUGAGCUUCCUGGAGAAGGACCUGAGAGACAAGGUCAGCUCCUUCUUUGGUACCCUGAAGAAGGAAAGCCAGGACCAGCCCCUGGCCCUUCCCCUCCCAGAGCAGGCCCAAGAGCAGGUGCAGUCCAACCCCCUGGAGAGCUGAGCUGCCCCUGGUGCCCUCGCCCCAGCACAGCAGACACCUGCCCUGCUCCACAACCCGUCUAUCGGUCUGUCCCUAAGCACUUCUUGUACGAGCUUGAGGACACAUGUCCUGCCCCACCACCUGUCUGUCGGUCUGUCCCUAAGCACUUCUUGUACUUGCUUGAGGAUACAUGUCCUGCAGGAGAUGAUGUCCCAUCUCACUACUCAAUAAAGUUUCUGAGAAAUUA